AUGGAAACCUCUUCCACGCGUCGGCGGGUUCCAACAAGCCAGUCUGCCACCAAUUCCUCCAAACCUGUAUCUUCGCAUCCUUCCGAAGUCGAAGACGCCAAAGCCAGCGUGAUCUCCAUUCUCGAUAUCUUUCGUGUGAUUUUCACUCUAUUCGGCGUCUCCUGUGCCUUGUCCUACUACCUGACCUCCGGUUCAUCCUUCCUAUGGAACUACCAUCCAUGGUUCACGAAUCCCUCCCACAUUGCACAUUGGUGGCGUGGUCCCUUACUCUUGACCCCAGAACAAUUGGCAUUGUACAACGGAACGGAUCCCCAGAAACCAAUAUAUCUAGCUAUCAACGGCACAAUUUUUGACGUGACCGAGGGCAAACGCACCUAUGGCCCCGGUGGAAGUUAUGAAGUCUUUGCUGGCCGAGAUGCUACGAGGGCAUUUGUGACUGGAUGUUUUCUGGAAGAUCGAACCGGCGAUUUGAGAGGAGCGGAGGAGAUAUACAUACCGCUGGACGACCCAGACGAGGAGAUUUCCAGUGGAGCAAGGAAGAUGCGGGCUGAGAAGGAGCGCAGAGAUGCCAAAAAACGUGUUCUCCAAGAGGUGAGCAAGUGGGAAGCGUUCUACAGAAACCAUAAGAAGUAUUUUGAAGUCGGCAAAUUGGUGGACGUACCGGAGUACACAGGAGAACCCCCGAAGCUGUGCGAAUACGCUCAAAAGGGAAGACCACAGAGGAAGAAUAUGAAGAGCGCAGGAAACCCGGACAAAGCGCCGGGAAAGCCUGUUCAGUGA